CUCACCUUGAAUCACUUAUACUCACCAAGCAAGCCAAAAGCAAAAGCAAAAGCUAAUUGCAAUAUUUCUGUUUCAAUCCAUUCCCUAGAGAAGCAAUGGCAAGCUUGAGAGUUUCUUGUAUGGUUGCAUUGAUCUGCAUGGUGGUUAUUACUGCACCAAUGGCAGAGGCUGCAGUCUCAUGCGGAGCAGUAACCGGUGCCCUUGUCCCAUGCAUUCCUUAUCUUACGAGUGGCCGUGGUCCUUCACCACAAUGCUGUGGUGGAGUGAGGAGACUUAACGCGGUGGCCCAAACUACCCCCGACCGUAAGGCCGCUUGCAACUGCUUGAAAGGUGCUGCUGGUUCCGUUCGUGGUUUGAAUCCCAACGCUGCUGCUACUCUUCCUGGCAAAUGUGGUGUUAGACUACCAUACAGGUUUAGCACCUCCACCAACUGCGCAACUAUCAGAUUCUAAAUAUAGUUUGGAUGAGAGGAAGAAGCAGAUAGCAUGGCACUUCUUUCUACUGCAGUAUUACCAGCACUAGCUGUGGAGUUAACUGAUGAGAAUAAAGGAAGGGCAACGAGGGCUCCACCUCUGCGAGUUUCCUCGGUGCUUUCGUCUAUAUAGUUGAAUUGCAUAAUGAUUUUUUUUUUUUCAGUUUGGAUGUUGCAUUUGUAUUAAAGUCAUAUGAUAUAUUAUUCCAUGCUACUUUACUUUCUACUUUUA